GUAUUGUACUCCAACCGAAUUAAUAUAUCUGUACCGUAACUCUCACUUAGAAUUGAUUAUCUUGAGGUUGCUUUGAUAUUUAGUAAUCUGUAUUCAGCUUGAAAAUUUCAGUUGAAACUUGACUGGCGUUGAUAGUGAUUGUUAUUGUUAGUGGCAGUGUUGAAUUGUGAUCAUUUUUACACCAAUUUACAAGUGCAUUACGGACGGUCUAGACUAACAUCAACUUACAAAUUAUUUUCAAUUGAAUAACGGGAUAUUAAGAUUUCAAAAUGAGUCGCUCAUACGGAAAAUUCAAAAACCGCUUUCUCCAAGCUUCAAACAACGGCAUCGGCUACGAUUGCAAAUUCAUAGUCGGUCCUGACAAUACUGCAAUCCAAGGACAUAAAUUCCUGUUCUCGGUGGCGAGCGAGGUGUUCCAAGCAAUGUUCUACGGCGAUUUGAAGGAAGAAAACGCUGUGAAAAUCGACGAUCUGGACUUUGAAGGAUUCGAAUCCAUGAAGCAUUUCAUCUAUACAGGUGAGGUGAGAUUCACAUCUGCAAUUCACGCCCUCUCAACUUACAUAGCGGCUCGCAAAUAUAUAAUUCCUGAACUCAACAAGGGAUGCAUGAACUACAUUAAAAAACAACUGAAUCCCUCCGAGGUACUGGAAUUCUAUGAGCAUUGUGAAACGUGCAAUGCACCCGAAUUCGAAGAGCUGUGUUUAAAAAUUAUGGAAGAGAAAACCGACCAAAUAGUUGACAGUGACUAUUUCCCAACAGCCAAAGCCGAAACAAUCAAAUUGAUUCUCAAGUCUCGGAGUCUGAGUUUGAAAUCGGAAAUCGAGGUGUUCAAUCUGUUUGAGAAAUGGGCUCUGGCUGAAGCAGCUCGCAGACAAAUUGGUGAUAGUGAAUUGGCAUCUAGUUUUAAUCAUCUGAAAAAGUACGUACGGUUUCUCACAAUCAGUAGGGGAGAGUUCACCAAACUUAUUGAAAAGUCUUUGCUGCUCACACCAACCGAGAAACGUGCUAUAGAGAGCAAUCUUUUGCAAUCAUAUUCGAAACCCAUGCCUGUAGAUCUGUCGGUGGUACAAAUGCAACGUAGCUUUCUGCCUAAAUCAGUCACAUCAGAAACAUUUCAAUACUCACAUACAUUUGUAAUUUCUUUGAAGAGCGCUUGUGCAUCGUGUAAAACAACCAAAACUUGGAUCAAGUUUUGUGAUCUUACUCUGAUUAUUUCACCUGAACAUGGCGACAGGAAUAUCUUCUUCUACGUUAGGCCUAGUCGAUAUAGUUGUGGACUAAAUAGAAUUAGCAUGAAUUACAGAAUAGAAACAAAAGUUUCAGUAUUAGCGACAAAUGAAAUUGAUGACCUAAUCUUCAGAGAUAGAUCUAAAUUCUUCGUGAACAGCAACUUGUCGAAUGAUCAACAAGAUAAGGUAACGGUUGCUGAAAUUCCAAUUCAUUUAAUAACUAACAAGUAUAUUUCAAGAGGAACACAUGACCAUGUCAAAGUUCAAAUACAAUUCAACAUUGAGUAGACUUAUUGGAAAAAAAUGAGUACAAAGCUAAACGAGUAUAGCUUUCAUUCAUGUUGUAAUGUUAUUCUGUUUUAGGUUCUAAAACUUUCUAGUACUUUAUAUUAAGUGAAGGAAAAUAUAAUAUUAUUUUGUGGAAAACUGA